AUGCCAACGUCUCUUGCACUCAGCACGGAGGCAUGCCCAGGGCCUGAGUCUCUUGCAUCUGGCUGCUACGAGUCAGCGCCAUGCAGACGGGCAUCACUUCCGGACUGCCACCUAAAGCAACUUGUGACCUGCGCAGCCGAUGUACUUCCCACCUACUCCUGCAAGCCAACCAACAUCUGCUUCUGCACGAACGAUGAUCUUGCUGCCAGCCUCAAAGCAUGCCUCGUCAAAUCUUGUCAAACCCAAGAUCAGUUGAAAGCCCAGAAAUUCCGAGCAGACACAUGCGGACUGCCAGUACGUGAUAAGUCAAGCGUCGUCCGAGGUCUGGUAUGGUCCUUGUUCGCUAUCGCCACAUUCUUCACUAUCGCCCGGUUACUGUCAAGGUGGCCUCGACUAAACGGAGCCGGAUAUCACUGGGAUGACUGGACACUUUUCGCAUUGUAUCCGUUGGCCAUUGUCUUGUUGUACGCAGACUUCCUGUUCUGGUUCUACGUAUGCCAGCCACUGUACAUGGUCGUGAUCUUCUUGUCCAAGAUCUCACUACUACUUCUAUACUUGCGCACCUGGCCGGGUGACAGAUUCGCACCAUUUCGCAUCACGAACUGGGCCAUGAUUGGAGCAAUUUCUGCUGCCAUGAUCGCAUUCGUGAUAGCGAGCAUCUUCCAGUGCACACCAAUCCGUGUGGCCUGGAGUAUUGCUGCACCUCUAGCCGUUGAAAUGUGCACGGACCGUGUAGCACAGGUGCUGGCAGCAGCUGGCCUCAACAUCGUGUUCGAUGUCGUUGUCAUUGCCCUGCCAUUCCCGAAGCUGAUCAGGCUUGACAUCUCGUGGCCAAGAAAGAUCGGGCUUCUCUUCACCUUUUCGAUAGGAUCACUCGUCACCAUAUGCUCCAUCAUCCGCAUCACAUACAUGUCGAAAUUCGGCGAAUCAGAGAACCCAACGUGGGACUACACCUAUAUCGGAAUCUGGUUCAUCGUCGAAGUAUAUUGCUCGAUUGCUUGCGCCUGUAUGCCCGCAACCGCCGGCCUCGUCGAACGAUGCAUCAGCAAGUUUGUCCGUCGCGACGCCACCGAACCGGAUUUCGAGACCAACCUAUCAAGUAUGUCAAGAUCGAAAAGUCCUUUUGAUCCAGAGAUGCAACGCAGCAUUCGACUUGGCGCCACAUCACCGGGCUCGCAGUCAAUGAGCGACUACAUCGAGAGACGAGACAAGGUCCUUCGAGUUCGUGAGAACAGAAUCAUCUCGCUGAGUGGUGAACUCUCAACCAUCAAGACGAUGCAAGCUCUGCAUAGGAGAGAGACUGAAGUGUCCUCGGAGGUACUAAAAGGAGGUAGUGGGAGUACUGUGUACGCGGGUCCCAACAAUGGUAUCAAGUUGGAAGUAAGUCAUUGGAGCGUGGCUGACCCUAUCGUGGCAAGGCUUGGAUACCAGGAUCGAUUUGGGAAUGCAAGGCGUAUCGAGCUGCUUGGGCGGGCUACACCCGGGUCAUAA